AUGGCGCCACCAGUUGUCGGACAUAAGUCCAAGAAUGUUAGUAAGGGUAAAGAUGAUGCGCGAACUCUGAAAAGGAAAAGAGAUGUAGAAGAUCAUGAGAAACUUCAAAAAUCAGUUGAUGAACUUGAUGUGAAAGCAGACUUAAAAAACUUCUCCGACCUCCCCCUAUCUGAACCAACCUCAUCUGGACUCGAAGCAUCUCACUUCAAAACUCUCACGGACGUUCAAUCGAAAGCUGUACCUCUCGCGCUGAAAGGAAAAGAUAUUCUGGGUGCUGCGAAAACUGGUAGUGGAAAGACUCUUGCAUUUUUAGUACCGGUUUUGGAGAAUCUUUACCGACAGAGAUGGACCGAAUUGGAUGGCCUCGGUGCCCUCAUCAUAUCGCCUACUCGAGAAUUGGCAAUACAAAUCUUCGAGGUUCUUCGAAAGAUUGGACGAUACCACACUUUCUCGGCUGGACUAAUCAUUGGAGGUCGAAGUCUACAAGAGGAGAGGGAACGUUUGGGAAGGAUGAAUAUACUUGUGUGUACACCUGGGCGCAUGCUACAACAUAUGGACCAAACGGCGGCAUUCGAUGUGGACAAUCUACAAAUGCUAGUCCUAGAUGAGGCGGAUCGAAUUAUGGACAUGGGAUUUCAAACAUCAGUCGAUGCAAUACUAGAACAUCUACCAAAACAGAGGCAGACAAUGCUAUUCAGUGCCACGCAAACCAAAAAGGUGUCAGACCUAGGAAGAUUGAGUUUGAAGGAACCCGAAUAUGUUGCAGUGCACGAAGCUGCAUCAUCCGCUACCCCCACGUCAUUACAACAACAUUACUGUGUAGUACCUCUACCUGCAAAGCUAAACACUCUUUUUGGCUUUAUCCGAGCUAAUCUGAAAGCUAAAAUCAUGGUAUUUAUGUCUUCAGGCAAGCAAGUGCGCUUUGUUUACGAGAGUUUAAGACAUUUACAGCCUGGUAUCCCAUUGCUUCAUCUACACGGUAGGCAAAAGCAAACUGCGAGGCUUGAAAUAACCUCGAAAUUCUCUUCAUCUAAGAACUCUUGUAUAUUUGCUACCGAUGUCGUUGCACGUGGUCUUGACUUUCCUGCGGUCGAUUGGGUUAUUCAAUUAGAUUGCCCUGAGGAUGCUGAUACCUAUAUUCACAGGGUUGGUCGAACUGCACGUUAUGGAAAAGUAGGCCGGGCAGUUCUGUUCCUGGAUCCCACAGAGGAAGAAGGCAUGCUGAAACGACUGGAACAUAAGAAAGUACCGAUACAAAAGAUCAACAUCCGACCUAAUAAGACCCAAGACAUCAAAAACCAACUACAAAAUAUGUGUUUUCAAGAUCCCGAGUUGAAAUACCUAGGCCAGAAAGCGUUUGUCAGUUAUGCCAAAUCUGUCUACUUACAAAAGGACAAGGAGGUAUUCAAUAUCAAUGAUGUUGAUUUGGAAGGAUUUGCAUCGAGUAUGGGUCUACCUGGUGCGCCGAAAAUCAAAUUUCAGAAAGGAAACGAUGCGAAGAACAUCAAAAAUGCACCAAGAGGUGCUAUAGAGUCUAGUGACGAGGACAGUGAAACCGAAAAGAAACCUAAGAAGAAGGAUGAAGUACGAACGAAAUACGAUAGAAUGUUUGAGCGCCGUAACCAGGAUGUUUUGUCUGGUCAUUACUCGAAGAUGAUCGCAGAUGAUACCCCUAUGAAGGAUGUGGAUGGUACAGCGGAUGCCGAUGAGGACAAUGAUUUCUUGUCAGUCAAGAGAGUAUUACCUGUGGAUAAACUCGAUAGCUCUGACGACGAUGAUGAUGUUGCCGCGACUGGUCCAUUAGGAAAGGUUAUAGAGGGUAUCAGCAAGGAUCCUAUCGUGAUAGACUCUAAACGCAAAGAGAAAUUAUUGAAAUCCAAGAAGAAGCUAUUGAAGCUCAAAGACCGAGGAACCAAAUUGGUAUUCGAUGAAGAAGGCAAUCCUCAUCAAGUAUAUGAAUUGGAGGAUGAAGAAGAUUUCCGAGCCAGAGGCACAGCUGAGGAACAACGAGUCAAAUUCUUGGGAGAGGAGGCUGAAAGAGUUCGUGAAGCAGAUCUCCUUGAUAAACAAACGGCCAAGGAUAAGAAACGAGACAAGCGUGAGAAACGUAAAGCAAGAGAAGCAGCAUUGGAUGAUGAUAGCGAAGCGCCAGAAUUGGAUGAUGCUGAAGGUGAUGAAGAUCCCAUGGCUCUUCUCAGAUCUUUGCCUCUACCAGAAGACGAGGAAGAUGAGGAAGAUGAGGAUAGUACAGAAAGACCAGCGAAGAGACCUAAGAAAUGGUUCGAGGAUGAUUCUGAUGAUGAGAGGAAGGUGGCCAAGAGAAAGAGUCGUGUUAUUGAAGCGGCGGAUGAGCCUGAUACUUUGGAAGAUCUUGAGGCUUUGGCUGCUGGUCUUCUUAAUUAA